AGACUCAGCGCUGGUUCAAUUUCAUUCAAUUUCUAUAUCUUUUUACAAUGUAGGCUCAUUUUAUAUUGAGUUUUUUUACGUUUGCGUUGUUUGGAAUAUCAUUGAGAUGGGUAAAAGAGACAAGCGUAUUGCUUAUAUAAACCCACUAGCACAAAGAUCAUAUGCACCAACAUCAGGUACCACAAUAAAGGAUUACUUCAACAGACCAAGGCCAACAUGGGAGGAGUUUCAGCAACAGAUUGACAAAGGCAAAUCAACAGGUUCAACUACUCUAGCUGCAUAUGAAGAAGAACUUAACAAGAAAUUCAAGGAAGAGCUUAAAAAGAACCGAGAAGCAGUCCAAAGCAGUGAUCCAAAAAACAAGGACUGCAAAACUAAAAAGAAAAAGAAGAAAAAGAAAAGGUUGCGUUCUUCCUCUUUGUCUUCUUCAAAUGAUGAUGAUAGUAAAAAACAAUGGCAACAUAGAAAGAAGAGGAAGGUAAAAAAGCACAAGCAGAGAAGUCGAGACGCAAAAGACAGUUCAUCAGAUGACGUUGAGAGGAAAGUAAAGGCCAAAAAGCGUAAGCAUUCGAAACAUAAAGAUGGCUCAUCUUUAAGUGAAGAACCAAGAAAGAAAUCCAAGAAACAAAGAAAAUAUAGUGAACCUGAAUAAACAUGCAUUGAAAAUCUUUCAUUUUCUAAUAUAAAUUAAUUAAAAUAUAACAUUCUAGUUUGGAAAACUUAUGAGAACUAUAAC